CGACUCAAGGCCUGUCUCAGCGGAACUCUAAAGCCCAACAGUAGCCUAUUCAGGUUGCAUCAUCUUCGCUACCUUGUCCUCCGUGAUAACAACUUCACCUCAUCUUCACUUCCUUUGGAAUUAGGCAAUCUCAACAGGUCUCCUUUAUGUCGUGGAGGAAAACACGAGUUUGACCCGCAAGAAAGAAGAAGAUAAUGGCCUCUGAACCUCACUCUCAGGUUUUGGUGGACGAGACGUCGAAUGUAAGAAUUUUGACACUAAACAGACCAAAGAAGCUGAAUGCUUUGUCAUUGAACAUGAUCAAUCGGUUGCUGCAACUGUUCCUUGCAUAUGAGGAGGACCCUAGUGUCAAACUUAUUAUCCUAAAGGGUCAGGGAAGAGCGUUUUGUGCCGGUGAUGAUGUUUCAGCUGUUGUUCGUGACAUCAGACUAGGCAAAUGGAGACGCAGUGCUGAUUUCAUGUCACUUGGAUAUACUCUCAACUAUGUAAUGGCCACGUAUAGUAAAGACCAGGUUUCAAUUUUGAAUGGUAUUGUCAUGGGAGGCGGAACUGGGGUCUGCGUCCAUGGUCGAUUCCGUAUUGCAACUGAGAACACGGUUUUUGCCAUGCCUCAGACAUCCCUAGGGAUAUUUCCAGAUGUAGGCGCCUCCUACUUCCUUUCAAGGCUCCCUGGAUUUUUUGGAGAGUAUAUUGGCCUAACAGGAGCUAGGUUAGAUGGCGCUGAAAUGCUUGCUUGUGGUCUUGCAACUCAUUUUGUGCCUUCAACGAGGUUGACUGCCUUAGAAGCAGAUCUUUGCAGAAUUGGUUCAAGUGAUCCAGUUACCUUUGCCUCAACAAUUCUCGAUGCACAUACUCAGUAUCCACAUCCGAAACAUACGAGUGCCUGCCACAGGCUAGAUGUUAUUGAUAAGUGCUUCUCGCGAAGAACAGUCGAAGAAAUUAUAUAUGCACUUGAGAGAGAGGCCACUCAUAAACCAGAUGAUUGGAUCUCAGCUACCAUUGGAGCAUUGGAGAAAGCUUCUCCAGCAAGCCUUAAAAUCUCUCUUAGAUCGAUAAGAGAAGGACGUUUGCAAGGGUUGGGGCAGUGUCUUAUCCGUGAGAAUAGAAUGGCAUCACAUGUGUUGAAGGGAGAAAUAAGCAAAGAUUUUGUGGAGGGGUGUAGAGCAAUGUUGAUAGACAAAGAUAGGAACCCAAAGUGGGAGCCAAGGCGACUGGAGAAUAUGAAGGAUAGCAUGGUAGAGCAAUACUUCAAGAGAAUGGAAGAAGAGGAUGGAUGGGAGGAUCUUAAGCUUCCUCCAAGGAAACACUUGCCUUCUUCAGCGAUCGCAAAGCUGUGAAGUUUACAAGGUGAUGGAGCUCAUCUUGCACCGUCUCGACCCUAUUGUCUCUAACUUCGUCUUCUUCUUUUUUUUUUAAUUGGGCUAAUUGUGUUUCGGCUUCUAAUGAACUUAAUUUGGGUUUCUAAUUUCACUGGACUGGGCUCAAACAACAGUUAAGCUGUGGUUUGUAAUAUCUUUUGUAUCUUAAUAACACACCAAGGGAUCUUAUCUUA